UUAGCUCGCUCUCCUCCUGAGGGGCACACAGGCCCAGGACUGACUUCCUCUGCUGCCAGUGAGACGGGGGACCCGAGCCUCGUUCUUGAGAGCCCUGACCUAGCAGGUCCACCCCUGCCACCGGCCAGGCCGCAGCAGAUGCUGGCUUCUGUCUUCAGCAUUGCCAAGGCUCAGCUUAGAAGCCCUCACUGUGCUGCUUUCCUGCCCAGCCCUCCUUGUGGGGCACCCCCAGGGACACAGGCAAUCCCAGCUGGUCACCACUGAGCUUGGCCCUCUGGGGACAGAAGCAGCAGUGGUUGGGUCCCUGGCCACUGCUCUGGGACCUGGGAGGGCCAUGUUUAAAAGGUCUGUCCGUCUUCCCUCCCUUUCUCAAGCCCCACUCCUUCCCCCCAUUGUCAUCAGAGACUCGGUGAGAGUCUGACAUCACUGUCAGCCAGGUGUCUCCUCAGGACAGAGGGCUCAGUUAAGUGGCACUUAUUUGAAAGGCAGAGAUAGGUCUCCCGUCUGCUGGUUCACUCCCCACAUGCACGGCCAGAGCUAGAUCAGGCCAAAGCCAGGAGCCCAGAACUCAACCCAGGCCCCCACGUGGGUGGCAGAGACCCAACUGCUUUAGCCAUCACCUGCUGCCUCCCGGGUCUGUAUCAGCAGGAAGCUGGGAUCUGGAGCAGAGCCAGCACUCAAACCCAGGCAUUGGAACUGUUAGGCCAGACGCCUGCCUCUAAACGUUUUUCCUAGUGGCCAGGAGAGGGCGCUCAUGACUCACCAAUGACAGCUCCUGGGGCUUCUGUUAGCCAGGGUGCUGACCUUGUAUGCAGCCUUUGACCCCUCCCAGCAGGGCUGGAGGAAUGCCUGGCCCUGCCAAGGCAACCACAGGUGGAACUUGAAAUUCAAUAAAUGGACAGCAGGCUAAUUUUUGAGUUGACAGCUUUAUAUGGCCCUUUUAUAUGAUGUCAUAAAUAUCCACAUGGCCCUUGGCAGAAAAAAGGUUCUGCAGCCCUGCGGGCCGGCAGGCACUUUGGUUGUCUUCAUUUCGCAGAUCGGGAAACUGAGGCUUAGAGCGGUGAAAUGCUGGUGGUGACGGCAGGCUUCAGAGGGAGGAGGCAGCCUCCGGAGCCAGCACUGGCCGCUACGUUCUGUCCUGCGGGCUUCCGGACAGGCAGCCAGGGGGCGAGAGCAGGAACUCAGAGGAGAUGGCGUUUGGGUGCCGGGACCACGGCGCUGACUUCUUUCUCGCUGCUAUUUUAGUGGACACAGGACUCUGGUUCUCUAGAAUGUUGACUUUUUGUUUUGUUUCCCAACCUCAACAUUCAGGUCAAUGCAAAGAACCCAUAACCGCACAGGCAGUAAACAGUGGACCCCUCUGACACAGCAGCCCGCGGGGGACCCCAGGCUGUGGCUCCACUAGGUUUGGCUGUUUUCAGAGUCUUACUUGAUUGAUUUAGGCAGGACAUGAGUCUGUUUCGACUCUUGCCGGCCUCCAUCCUGUUCCAGGCGGUCCUGGUUUUAUAUCACAGUCAGUCACCUGCGGUCAUGUUAGUGACUGAGGCAGCCUGUUUUAAAGCCCCAGGUGAUUCUAAUUCCCAGGCAGGCAUGAGACCUAGGGGGAUCCAGCCCCACGCCUGGAGCUCCGGCUGCAGGCUGACCUAGGAGCUCUGCAGGACCCAGGACCAGGCUUCAGGACGCGUGAAGGGUUCAGGGCAGGCCUGGGGGUGAAGUCUGUGCCCCCCUCCAGCCGCACCCCAUUUCUGAGGCAAGGGGGAGCAAAGCUGCGCUGCCUGCCUGAAUUCCUGGCAGUGUUCCCCUACCAAGUUCCUGGAGAGUUAGCUCAGCCUGCAGGCUUGGGUUUUUGAGGCUCCUUUGAAAUCCUCCUCCCUGGCAGGGCCCCUGAGGUCAACAGCAGGAUUCAAGCCGGUCAGGACACAGGGUGGGGGCGGGGAGUGAGCUCAGGCCGGCUAGGCCCCCGGGAGCUGCACAAUAAUUGCUCUGAAGGGAGGAGGGCCCAGGCAGAUGCUUUUGUGCUGUGUGGCCCGGCGUGCCCUGUUUCCAGGGCAACCAUGGACCCCACCGCUUCUUCAGAGGUGGGAGCCAAGACCAGAGGAGAGCCAAUUGGCACGCAAAGCCCAGUUACCUGGGCCAAUGGGAAGUGGAGGUGGGCAGGGUCAGAGUGGGAGGGGAACCUGAGGCUGAGAUGUGCAGAGAUCUGAGCUCCCUCGGCUGUCCGUCAGGUGCAGCAGAAGCCAGCCUGUUCCCGCCAAACCCCUCUCCUGAAGGUUACGGGGGACCCUCGCGGCUGCCGGGCGCACUGAGGGCAGUGCCAUCCGUGGGACGCUAGGUCAUGCGUGGUGCUGACCAGGACAAGCAAGGGCAGGAGGCCGAGAAGCUGCAGAGCUGCUCACAGCUGCCCCAGCCUUGAAGGAGGCUCUUCCUCUGGGCAGAGUGCUGGGCGGGGAGGGCCAGCCCCGGGGCCCUGCUGGCUGUCCUCAAAGCCCAUGCCCCAGUCUGGGCACGCCGUGCCACUGCUCUGCGUGUGCAGACAUCACCAUGGACAGCAGCCUCCUGGCCAUAGUCGCGGCCGCCGUUUCCUCCACCGUGUUCAUCAUGGCCAUCCUGCUGCGGCUGCUGUACCAGCGUGACCUCCGGUGCUGCCAGGUCCUCUGCUCCUGCCACUUCUUUCGGAGUCCCAGCCGCUACGCCUGGCCCCCUCCCUGCUUCAGCACCACACGAUGCCCCACCCCCGAGGUCCAGCCGGUGGAAAGGAGCCGAGUGUCCCAGGGAGUGCAGGUGAGAAAGGAACCUGUGCUGCUGUCCCUGCGGGUGUGGGAAGAGGUGUGUGCUGGGGUCCUGAGGCCAGGCAAGGGGCCCAGUGUGCUUAGGGGACCAAAAAGAAUGCAGAGCAAAGAAGGGGGGGGGUGCUGGAGGCUUCUAGAAGAGGCGCAUGGCAUCCCAUGUCUGAGGCUCGCUCUGUGGCAGCGAAGUCGCAUGGAAGCCUGUGCCCCUGGCUCCCCUGGCUUUUCUUGGUCACAGGGCCAUCCCCAGGGGGAUGAAGUGUUCUGCGUGGGACUGACCAGGAGCCAUCAGAUGCCCCUGUGGCAGCCAGCUCGGCUACCCAGCUACGAGAGUGUUCGAAAGAAGGACCGGCAGCAGCAGAUCCACCAGCUGAUUGCACAGCGCUUCGGGCUCUGGGCCUGCAGAGAGCUGCCACCAAGCUACGAGGAGGCCGUGGGGCCACUGCCUGCACCGUCGCCCAGCUGUGGCUCUGUGCACCCAUCCCAGGAAGUGGCCACCUUCCCUGCCCUGGGGAACACCACUGUGUAGGAGGGCAACCGCCAACCCCGCCCCUUGCCAUUUCCCCCUGUGGCUGGGACAGCGCUGAGUCUGUGGGGUCAGCCUCUACCCCCUUCCCUGCCUAAGGACUGGCCCAGCUGGGCCUUGGUGCCUGGUACCCCGCACAGGGCUUCAGAAUGAACCCCUACCAGCCCCAGGUCAGCUGCAGGUGGGGAAUCCGGGAUCAUGCCGAGAGAACGAGGCAGAACCGUGGAACUGAGGGGCUUCUCUGUGCUGGGUCCCUGGAGCCCCUGCCUCAACAGACCCCUUGGAAGGAAGCCCCUGGCCUCUGUAAGCCCCUCUCUGGGCUGCAGUCACCACCUACCUCCAAGAGCCAGGAACUGCCAUCUUCCCCCGCGGAGACCACCUUCCUGCCCAACCACUCAGGUCUCGGCUGAGCUGCCAGCGAAGGCCUGUCCCCAGCCCGCCCCAGUCCCUCACUGAGUAAACCAGAAGCCAGAUUCUUCGUUGCUGUUAAUGGUUUGAGAUAAACCAAGAACCACAGAAGUACACGGGCUUGUUGUGUCCAAAUUUUCAGGUGGGCAGGAAGAAGCCAUCUGUAACCUAUCCUCUCUCGCCCUUGGUACUCAGGGGCAGAUGGGGCCGAUCAAGGCUAAGAGGGUCUCUUGGGCAUCCCACAAGCCCUCCCUGUCCCGGACCCACAUAGGCAGGGAAAGGUCUCCCAUGUGGCCACCCCUGGGGCUACAAGCCCUGCUCUCUGCGUGUGGCUCUAGGAGACAGGAACACAAUUACAUCACUCCCUCUGCUGCUCCUACCCAGGGCCCCGUCCCUGGACGCCUUGGGAUACAAGAGGGUAUGGGGCAGUGACUCCCCCAGGCACAAGAUCUCUCCCUUCCCCUUUGGGAGACGGAACCAAAGCAAGUCUUCUGCACAUCAAAGCGCCCUCUUCCAUCUGCCGACGGCCCCAUUCCCGGCUCCCCCCUUGGCGUGGCACAGAGAACACGGGUAAGGACCACACAGCACAAACAGCU